CGUGAGUAUCUGAAGCGAUCAUGCACAUUGGGCAACACUUUCACCACGCAAAACAGUACUUUGCAAAUACUACAGUAGAACUAUGCAUACCCAUUUAUGUAGGAACUUUUCUUAAACAGUUACGUCCACGAGAAGGAGACUAUUAUCACUAUUGUCACAUUAUUACAUCCAAGACUGACAUCGAACUAGUUUCACUGAUUUGUUAAGUCUCACACGGCUUUCGUUACACACCCCCAAAAUGACGUUGAAAAGGAAACUAAAACUUCAAAGCCUCCACAUCAUUCAUCUAUGUGAAAAAUGUUCUAACCACUGAGGCUCGACUGAAGCUUUAAUUAAUAUUUUGAUGUUCAAUGAGACAAAUUGUUAACUCACUAUUCCACUUGUCUCGCUAUAGUAGGUAUAAUUUUUUUUUAAAGUAUCUUGUCCUUCGUGUUGAUUAUUUCACCAAGAAUUGUGUUUGUUCCCUGAUUGCUAGAUCAAGGACACCAUCCUAAAUGACGAUGACAUCGGAGACAGCUAUCAUGAAUAUUUCCUGCACAAGGCAGUCAGUUCUCAUCUCCAAACUUGUGGCUGCUCCAUGGUGGUCGGAAGCAACCCAGACAAAGUCAACAAGGUAGUGCUCACGCUGUGCCUCUUCCUCACCCCUGCUGAGAGGAAGUGCUCUCGGUUCUGUAAAGCUGACUCUACUUUCAAGUAUGACACAGGACUGUUUGUACAAGGCCUCCUCAAGGACUCCAUGGGCAGUUUUGUCUUGCCCUUCCGCCAGGUGCUGUACUCACCCUACCCGACCACUCACAUCGAUGUGGACAUCAACACGGUGAAGCAGAUGCCGCCCUGCCACGAGCACACACACAUUCAGCGGCGCUACAUGCGCUCAGAGCUCAGCGCGCUCUGGAAGGCGGCCAGGGAAGAGGACAUCGCCCCCGACACUGACACCGGCAUCCACACCGAGUCCUUCACCCCCGACCUAAAUGUUUUUCAGGACGGUAUGCAUAAAGACACCCUGGUAAAGUCAUUUAUAGAUGAGGUGUUCAUGCUGAAGCCAGGUCUCAAUCUGCGAAGUACUUACUUGGCCCAGUUCUUGCUGAUCCUUCACAGGAAGGAGCUCACACUACUCAAAUACAUUGAAGAUGAGACGCAAAAGGGAAAGAAGCCUUUCCGAUCCUUGCGCAGCUUGAAGACCGACCUCGACCUGAUGGUGGAAGGCGACCUGAAUAUCAUCAUGGCGUUGGCUGAAAAGCAAAGGGCUGGACUGCACUCCUUUGUAUUUGGGAAGCAAUUCUACACCAGUGUACAGGAGCGAGAUGUGCUCAUGAGCUUUUGACUCUUACUCUCAUGACAUGUUUAUCAGCUUUUAAGAAAUGGGAAAGAAAUUGACAUAUGACUUGUCCAAAAGCUGCCUUUACUAGGUUACAUGUUUUGUCCACUAAAGAGGGUUGAAGUGUUAAAAAUAAAUACAGUAUGACAACCAGAAUAUCAGAUGCCCAUUUAAAGUCCAAAAACUUUGUGCUGCUGUCCUUUAUUGCUAAUCUUCAUUGUUUUAUUCAAAGCAUGAGUCUAGUGUCUUCCAUGUCUGUGUUGUACAACAAGCCCUUGAUGGGACUCCACUUUAUUUGUGAAACUUAAUUGUUUGGAUACCAUUUAUAUCAAUAAUAGCACAGAUUGUACAACAAAUGGUACUUCCUCUAUCUAUGACUGAAUGACCACAACAGCCAUGUCCAGGUUAUGAACCAUGUAUUGCCCUUUUGCAGUAUGCACUGUAUGUCUGAGCAUUCAUGCUGAUUGUUGACUAGAGACAGGUUUGUUUAAGUUUGACAUGUACAUCAUGAUGUGUAUAGAAUUGAAUUGUUUUGACAUUUUGUCAUCAUAAUUAACGUUUGACAUGAUAUUAAAUGUAUCGUAAUGUG